UCUCUCGGCCAACCCCCUCUUCUCUCUUUCCUCGGUUUGUGGCUGUCCAGCUGUUAUGCUGAUUCAAGCAGAGCCAGCGUAAAAACCGUGACCACGUGACCCAACCUCUGCCAAUGUCCCUCUGUAGUUUAUUCAGCAUGAUGGCUGCUGAUGCUGCGGUAGCUUCCUCCUCACCUCAUCCCUGCCGCCUGCUGUCGUUUCACCUCUUCACCCUUCUCAUCCUCCUCUUCUUUCUCCCAGCCCAGGCGAAGGGAUUGCUUGGCGUCCGCCCAGAGGACACUAAAGCCGGGGAGCUGUCAGUGCAGGACGGGCUGCUCCAGGCGACCGAGGGUACGCGCUUCAUGCUGCGGGUUUACUACGCAGCAUCCUCGGUUACACAGAGAGCCAACAACCACUCUGGGAGUGGAAGACCAGAAGCUGCCGCACCAUGGAUCGCCUUCAUAGAAGAACCAGGUGGAGAGCGAAAGCGAGGAGAGGGGGAGACACUGGUCCCUCCCAAACGGAACCCGUGCGUGGACGAGCACGCUCGGAGUUCUGACAUCGAGCUCCUGGGUUCCUUCAGGUCUGCGUCCAGCCACAGCUCUGUUCUGGUGGAGCUGCUCGCCAAAGACCUGCGCAAAGAUGAGCGGAUCAAAUACUACUCCAUGUGCGCGUUUGACGGGGUGAAGUGGGAGCAUUUCAGCACCAGAGACUUCUGGCUAGCGGUGGUGGAGCGACCCCCGCAUGCGGAUGUGUGGCUCCAGUUGGGGGUGUCGGUGAUUCUAUUGGGACUCUCUGCGCUUUGCAGCGGGCUGAACAUCAGUAUGCUCGCCAUGGAUCCCGUCGAACUCCGCGUUCUACAAAACAGCGGCACCGCGAAGGAACAAAAAUACGCACACAAGAUCGAAUCCGUGCGUAAACAUGGCAACUACAUCCUAUGUACUGUGGUGCUGGGCAACGUGCUGACCAACACCUGUUUCGUGGUGUGGAUGUGCCAGAUUAUAGGGAUGACUCCCACCUCCCUUGCUACUUGCACUUUCGGUAUAUUCUUCAUAGGAGAGAUCCUGCCUCACUCUGUGGCGUCCAGACACAGCCUCACCAUCGCCUCCAAAACCAUCUGGGCCACCCGGCUUCUAAUGCUGGUAUCCUUCCCCAUCUCCUACCCCAUCUCCAAGCUCCUAGAUAUCAUGCUUCACCAGGAGAUCAGUAACUUCUACACCAGAGAGAAACUGGUGGCCAUGCUACGUGUCACAGACCCCUACCACGACCUGGUCAAAGAGGAACUCAACAUCAUCCAGGGCGCUCUGGAGUUGCGGACCAAGACCGUAGAAGAAGUUCACACUCCUCUGGCGGACUGUUACAUGCUCUCCUCGGAUGCUGUUCUAGACUUCUGUACUAUGUCUGACGUCAUGCAGAGCGGGUUCACCCGGAUCCCGGUCUAUGAGAACGACAGGUCCAACAUUGUUGAUAUCCUCUUCGUCAAAGACCUGGCGUUCGUGGACCCGGAUGACUGCACCCCUCUGAAGACCAUCACCCAGUUCUACAAACACCCCAUGCACUGUGUGUUCAGAGACACCAAACUGGAUGUGAUGCUGGAGGAGUUCAAGAGAGGUAAAUCCCACCUGGCUAUAGUCCACAGGGUGAACAGUGAGGGGGAGGGGGACCCCUUUUAUGAGGUCCUGGGAAUUGUUACUUUGGAGGACGUUAUCGAAGAAAUCAUCAAGUCUGAGAUUGUGGACGAGACAGACCUCUACACUGAUAAGAGGACUAAGAGGCGUGUGUCUCACCAUGAGAGGAAGCAACACGACUUCUCUGUCUUUAAAAUGUCAGAGAAUGAGAUGAAGGUGAAGAUGUCUCCUCAACUGCUGCUUGCUACACACCGAUUCCUGGCCACAGAAGUGGAGCCCUUCAAGCCAUGUCAUCUCUCAGAGAAGAUUCUCCUUUGUCUGAUCAAACACCCCAGUGUCGUUCAGGAACUUAAGUUUGACAGGAAGAACAAAGGAGCACCACAGCACUUCCUGUAUAUGAGGAACAAACCUGUCGACUACUUUGUCCUGAUUUUACAGGGUAAAGUGGAGGUGGAGAUUGGUAAGGAGGCUCUUCGUUUUGAGAACGGAGCUUUCUCCUACUAUGGCAUGCCAGCCCUCAUACCACCAUUGUCCAUAGUCAACAGGUUUGGUUCUGGUAGCAGUGGGUUGAACCAGUCAGACUCUGUCCUAUCAGGAGGCAGUGUGGGUCAGCUGAGUAUAGGAGGGGGAGGAGUCUACCUACCUGACUUCUGUGUCAGACAACUCACUGACCUACAGAUUAUAAAGGUAACACACACCCACACACACCUGCACCAUCCACAGAACUACACUAAAUAUAUUCAUGUUACCACUUCACUGAGAUGCAGCCUCUGUCCUGAUUCUCACAAUAGUACUAUGUCUCCCACUCCAGGCAGUAAGUCAGAUGGACAGAGGAGCCCCAGUGACUCAGUGUUUCUAUGGAUGGAUGACAUUCCCUACAUCCGAGAGGACCAACCGGAAGACUGUCUGGAAGACCAACCAGAGGAGCCACCAGAGAAGAAACCGGAAGACCUCCCGGAAGAUCGAACAAAACACUGUCCGGAGGACCGUCCAGAAGACCGUCUGACAGAUUGCCUGGAAGGCCAUCAGGGAAAAUGGCUAGUAGAAUGUCCAGAAGACCAGCUGGAAGACCAAGAAGGGAAUGAUAACAAGAGGAGUUCCUUGAUGGGAGAAGAAGGUGGAGGAAUGCAUGGAGCAGUCAUCGUCGACCACCUAGCACAAAGCCAGAGAGAAGAGACAACAGGGAAGAUCUAGCACAGAUAAUGAACUGUCUCGCUCUCUCUCUCUUUUCCCUUCCUCCCCAUCUUCUACCUACUGGGUACUGGGGUAGAAGUUUAGUUGUGACCACACUGUAGUAUUGAGACAUCCAGAAGCUCAAGCCCUUUUUCUGAACUGUCCACUCCCCAGACCCAACCCCCUAACCCAGUAUACCCUCUGUCCACUACCCAGACCCAACCCCCCCUAUCCCUGGAUAACCUCUGUCCACUCCCCAGACCCAACCACCCUAUCCCAGUAUUCCCUCUGUCCACUCCCCAGACCCAACACCCCCUAUCCCAGUGUACCCUCUGUCCACUCCCCAGACCCAACCACCCUAUCCCAGUAUACCCUCUGUCCACUCCCCAGACCCAACCCCCCCUAUCCCAGUAUACCCUCUGUCCACUCCCCAGACCCAACCCCCCUAACCCUGGAUAACCUCUGUCCACUCCCCAGACCCAACCCCCCCUAUCCUUGUAUAACCUCUGUCCACUCCCCAGACCCAACCCCCCCUAUCCUUGUAUAACCUCUGUCCACUACCCAGACCCAACCCCCCCUAUCCCAGUAUACCCUCUGUCCACUACCCAGACCCAACCCCCCCUAUCCCAGUAUAACCUCUGUCCACUCCCCAGACCCAACCCCCUAUCCCAGUAUAACCUCUGUCCACUCCCCAGACCCAACCCCCCCUAUCCUUGUAUAACCUCUGUCCACUACCCAGACCCAACCCCCCCUAUCCCAGUAUACCCUCUGUCCACUCCCCAGACCCAACCCCCCUAACCCUGGAUAACCUCUGUCCACUCCCCAGACCCAACCCCCCCUAUCCUUGUAUAACCUCUGUCCACUACCCAGACCCAACCCCCUAUCCCUGUAUAACCUCUGUCCACUCCCCAGACCCAACCCCCCCUAUCCCAGUAUAACCUCUGUCCACUCCCCAGACCCAACCACCCUAUCCCAGUAUACCCUCUGUCCACUCCCCAGACCCAAGCCCCCUAUCCCAGUAUACCCUCUGUCCACUCCCCAGACCCAACCCCCUAACCCUGUAUGCCCUCUGUCCACUCCCCAGACCCAACCCCCUAUCCCUGUAUAACCUCUGUCCACUCCCCAGACCCAACCCCCCCUAUAUGUCCACUCCCCAGACCCAACCCCCUAUCCCAGUAUACCCUCUGUCCACUCCCCAGACCCAACCCCCCCUAUCCCAGUAUACCCUCUGUCCACUCCCCAGACCCAACCCCCCCUAUCCCAGUAUACCCUCUGUCCACUCCCCAGACCCAACCCCCCUAACCCUGGAUAACCUCUGUCCACUCCCCAGACCCAACCCCCCCUAUCCUUGUAUAACCUCUGUCCACUACCCAGACCCAACCCCCCCUAUCCCAGUAUACCCUCUGUCCACUCCCCAGACCCAACCCCCCUAACCCUGGAUAACCUCUGUCCACUCCCCAGACCCAACCCCCCCCUAUCCUUGUAUAACCUCUGUCCACUACCCAGACCCAACCCCCCCUAUCCCAGUAUACCCUCUGUCCACUCCCCAGACCCAACCCCCCUAACCCUGGAUAACCUCUGUCCACUCCCCAGACCCAACCCCCCCUAUCCUUGUAUAACCUCUGUCCACUACCCAGACCCAACCCCCUAUCCCUGUAUAACCUCUGUCCACUCCCCAGACCCAACCCCCCCUAUCCCAGUAUAACCUCUGUCCACUCCCCAGACCCAACCACCCUAUCCCAGUAUACCCUCUGUCCACUCCCCAGACCCAACCCCCCCUAUCCCAGUAUACCCUCUGUCCACUCCCCAGACCCAACCCCCUAACCCUGUAUGCCCUCUGUCCACUCCCCAGACCCAACCCCCUAUCCCUGUAUAACCUCUGUCCACUCCCCAGACCCAACCCCCCCUAUCUGUCCACUCCCCAGACCCAACCCCCUAACCCUGGAUAACCUCUGUCCACUACCCAGACCCAACCCCCCCUAUCCCAGUAUACCCUCUGUCCACUCCCCAGACCCAACCCCCCCUAUCCCAGUAUACCCUCUGUCCACUCCCCAGACCCAACCCCCCCUAUCCCAGUAUACCCUCUGUCCACUCCCCAGACCCAACCCCCUAACCCUGUAUGCCCUCUGUCCACUCCCCAGACCCAACCCCCUAUCCCUGUAUAACCUCUGUCCACUCCCCAGACCCAACCCCCCCUAUCUGUCCACUCCCCAGACCCAACCCCCUAACCCUGGAUAACCUCUGUCCACUACCCAGACCCAACCCCCCCUAUCCCAGUAUAACCUCUGUCCACUACCCAGACCCAACCCCCUAUCCCUGUAUAACCUCUGUCCACUCCCCAGACCCAACCCCCCCUAUCCCAGUAUAACCUCUGUCCACUCCCCAGACCCAACCACCCUAUCCCAGUAUACCCUCUGUCCACUCCCCAGACCCAACCCCCUAACCCUGUAUGCCCUCUGUCCACUCCCCAGACCCAACCCCCUAUCCCUGUAUAACCUCUGUCCACUCCCCAGACCCAACCCCCCCUAUCUGUCCACUCCCCAGACCCAACCCCCUAACCCUGGAUAACCUCUGUCCACUACCCAGACCCAACCCCCCCUAUCCCAGUAUACCCUCUGUCCACUCCCCAGACCCAACCCCCCUAUCCCAGUAUACCCUCUGUCCACUACCCAGACCCAACCCCCCCUAUCCCAGUAUAACCUCUGUCCACUACCCAGACCCAACCCCCUAUCCCUCUCCUUUGAGUUUUCUGGGUAACAGACUACUGAAACAUUAUGACUUGAAUGAAUUUAUGUUCUUUACUGUAUAUUUCUGUUGAGUUACCUUUCAUCCACCCAUCUCUACAGGGGAAGAAGAAGAAGAAACUACAUGAAGAGGGAAAUAGCAAGUCUAGACCUGAGCCAUCUUAGAAAUAUCUUUAUUUGUCAACCAAGAAGACAAAAAUGUCUGUCUUCUGCCAUCAGACAGUUCCUUAAGUGCUUUCAGCACAGGGACCUGUCCUUAUCAUAGAAUACCUCUAUCAGUCAACCAACGAUGGCUGGUAGGAGUCCUGCCAUGUGAAUGCCAUCCUCACUGCCAGUGUUCUGACCACACAAAGGGAAGAAAGACACACCAGCCAUAAGAACAAGCACAAUGUCUACAACCACAGGGACUUUAUACUGAUUCAAAGGAGCAGUCUGUCAUUUCUUUGUCACAUGUGGCCACUGGAAGAAAUGCACGAACAGUCAAGUCUCAGGCAAUGCAUGCACGCGCACAGACACGCGCACGCACACACACCCAGUCCUACCGGAUCUAUACUUUUUACCAGAUGUUAAACUGCAGAUUGCAGCUUUAAUACAGAUGUAUAAUAAGUGUAGCUGAGCUCCAACAAACCUGCCUCCUUAAACAAGGGAUAUGCAAUAUUUACAAUCCACAAAACGUACGGCACUACAUUUUACCUACAUUUGCAAAGGUAUUUUACUAUGAUUAGAUAUAUUGAUGAUGAUUGAUAUUCAUUAAUGAGCAGAUUUGAUUUACAAUAUGGUGGUUAUUUGGUUUUAUGUGUAAUGAAUAGGCUGUUUUAACCAGCAUGCUUCUGGAUGAUAGAGAAACUCCCUUUUGCCAUAUCAUCAUAACACACACAAUAUGUUCCUGCAUGGUUUAAACCAGAGGCAUUUCCACAACAAGUGUCAUCUGUACAGUAUGUCAUCUCCAUAUCACCAUUACUUAGUUCCAGGGAAUGCAUUUUAAAAUGGUUACCAUAGUCACAACUGUUACCAACUACUGCAAUGUCACAUCCUAUGGAACUGUGUCAUUACAGUAGUAAAAGCCUAUCUGUCUGUGUAGAUCCCCAUGUCAAAGUGAAGUGUUACUCCCACAAGCAUGAAUUACUGCAGAUGCCAACACAACAGGUUCAUGGGAAAUUUCACCAUUUUACAGAGGACGAUGCGUGUUUCCAAUGACAUCAUCAAUCAAUUAGUAGACAAUUAGUAGACAUUUAGUAGACAAUGCCAACUCAUAAUUGGUUAAAAUAACACAAUGCACACUGAUGAUGUCAUUGGAAACACUUAUCUUCCUCUAUCCUUUUUACUACAUAACACAGAAAUGUGCCAUAUUUUAUAUACUGUAUGAUGAUGGUGAAUCUUUUUGAAAUUUCCCUUGAACUAAUCUCUGUCAUGUGACCUAUCCAGGGACGCACAAGGGCAUAGGAACACAGGGGGUUGAGGGUUUAGCUUCUGGGCUGAGAGGAUGCAGAUACAGGGUGCUGGAGGUGGGGGCUAGGGAGCUGGGGGCUACG